AGCUCGGCGCUGAAGAAGUCCCAUCAAAACACAGGAGAGAAGGCGUUUCCGUGGAGAUUUACAGCUCUGAUACAGAGUGAAAUGAUUUCUUCUCAUUAAUAUAAAUAACCCGCCGCUGCUGCCCGGCUGUGUGAGCAGCCUCCUGCUCGUACCAUGUCUCAGCCUGAGCAUCUUGCCGCAUCCCCCAGCGGGGUGGCCGAGUUUAUGGUGCAAAAGAAGCUUCUCGGAUUUGGGGCUCUCCUGGCCUGGAUGAUCCUCUUUCACCUACUGGUGAAUGUUUGGCUUCUCUGUGUGUUCACCAGCCUCUUAGUGGUUAUAGGUGGUUGGCUUGGAUCUCAGGCUGUCCUCGACUCUGAAAGCGUCCUUCAUCUGGAGCGUUUUGUCUCGCUGGAGAAGAUCCAGUCGGAUGAGGAGAGUGAGCUGGAGCUGGACCACGAGAUCCAGAACACGGUCAGUAAGAUCAUACGAGACUUUGUCUCUUCCUGGUACAACACAGUCUCUUCGGAGCCUGAGUUUGAGGAGGAGGUGCACAAUGCCAUGAUCUCGAUGGCGAUGGAGCUCAAGCGGCGGGCGAAGAAAGUGGACAGGAAAGCUUUAACCAUGAGGACGUUGGAUCUCUGUGGAUGCCAUCUCCAGUGCUACUUGAGAGCCAAAGAAAUCAGGGCUGAAAAUGAAGGCAAGGAGGAAAGUGGAGGUGCUGAUGAAAGCCUGUGGCGGGAAUACAGCACAGCCUGCACACCUUAUCCAGCUCUACAAAGCCCUGCCAUAGAAGUCAACUACGCAAGAGCAAUUGUUGACUUGCUUUUACACGUUCUUGUCCCUCCACCGCAUCUUGAAACAAGAACGGGAAGAUUUGUGGUGUGUGAACUUAUAACCUGCAAAGUUCUCCUGCCUUUAAUUGCCAAACUGUCUGAUCCAGACUGGUUAAAUAUGUUGAUUAUAGAAAUCUUUACUAAUUCCAAUAAGCCACAGCCUAGACCAGUUAAGAGGGAAUCUGUGAAGAGAGAAUCUCCAUCUCCAACACCAGUGGUUUCAAAUCAAGAUGAUUCCCAGCAGGAUCAGGAAGUUCCUCCUUCUUUACCCCUGAAAGUCAAGCCAAAUCUCCCAUCUGUCGCCGACACACCAGAACUGGCUUCCUACGACGUCAUUGACUCUGCAGAGCUCUACUGUCCACAGAACGUAGAGGAUGAAGAAACCAGACAAGUCGAGUCAUUUCCUUCUGCAAAUUAUCUAAGAGAUUAUCCAAGACUUGCGAAAUCCAAUCCAUUCUUUCAGGAAACUGACUCUGACCUGGAGUCCCCUCUGAACGAUUAUAAAAGAAGCUCCUUAGAGUCCCUGGUUCUGAUUGGCACAGAAGAAGCAAUCUCAGAAAGACUCGUAGAGUGCCAUACCCCGGUAGACGGUGUGCUAGACCUUGAGGAGGAGUUCCGUGUCUAUCCGAACGCAGCAGAGAGAACAUAUCCCAAGGUGGUGGUCUCGGAGGUGCAAGAUCAGCCUUCCAGUGCUACUGAGGGAGCAGAGGAAUUGCCCUCCAGUCUUUGCGCUCUACAGGAACCUGAGAAUAGUGAUACAAAAAUGGACACAGAGCUGACGGAGGCUGAUCAGUCAGGGGCGUUGAAUCCCAGUGAGCUUCCUCUAACGGAUUCUCUGCAGGCCACCUCACCAUCAGCUGGAGCCAUGCCUCUGUCUCCUUUCGCAUUCGAACCCCUCAGCAGCCCUGAGGGUCCAGUGGUUAUUCAGAACCUUCGCAUCACGGGAACCAUCACAGCGAAGGAGCACAGAGGAACUGGAUCACACCCGUACACUCUCUACACUGUGAAGUAUGAAACAGCUAUGGACUCUGAGAAUCCAGGCACACUCCAGCCAGUGGCUUAUCACACGGUCAGUCGCCGCUAUAGUGAAUUUCUGAACCUGCAGACGCGCUUGGAGGAGAAACCAGAACUGCGCAAAAUCCUAAAGCAUGUGAAAGGACCAAAGAAAAUCUUUCCUGAUCUUCCUUUUGGAAACAUGGACAGCGACAAAGUGGAGGCCAGGAAAAGUUUGUUGGAAACGUUUCUUAAGCAACUUUGUGCCAUACCUGAAACUGCCAACAGUGAAGAAAUGCAGGAGUUCCUUGCUCUUAACACUGACGCAAGAAUCGCUUUUGUGAAGAAGCCAUGCAUUGUCUCUCGCAUAGACAAGAUGGUGGUGAAUGUUAUCGUGGACACCCUGAAGACAGCCUUCCCCCGCUCAGAGCCACAGAGCCCCACUGAUGAGGUGGAUACUGAGCCUGAUGGGAAAUUAUUCUGUGACAAGAAAUCUAAGGCUAAGAUGCGUUUUGCCAGUAAAGUUACCCCUGCUCUGAAUGUGUCUGAUAUGAGGCCUAAAGUGGUUUACUGCUUCGGCGAGGGCAGCACUCUUUUAAACAGCCUCGCUGUGAACGGUGUAGAGAGCAACAUCCUGGAGCGAGAGAAUCUCUUGAAUAAGACACAGAGCAGAGAUGGAGAUGGAGAGCGAGAGGUCAGUCUCAGUGGGAAGGGGGAUGUGGAGCCCUGCGCAUGUGCAAAACUGAAGUUACAGAAUUCAGUUGCACAGGAUGAAGGAGAGACGGUGCUUGCUGAUAUGGCCUUGAAUGUCCUGUGCUUGCUGAUGAAGGAGCAGUGGAGAUGGCUGUGCACUGAGAACAUCCAGAGGAGCAUCAGACUACUGUUUGGGACCCUCAUAGACCGGUGGCUGGAGGUCGGCGUGGCUAAUCUGACCUGUACACAGUACUGGGUGACCUACCUGCAGGUGCUGCAGGACGCUGUGUGGCCGGGGGGGUGCCUGCCCACCCAGCCACGGCCUCAGCGCAGCCAGCAGCAGAGAGAUGGAACCAAGCAGCAGUGUCUGCAGUGCUUGAUGAAGCUGGUGCCAGAUCUGCUCUCAGAUAUGCUGGGCUCUGAGAAGUACAAGCUCUCUUGGCAGACGGUGCUGGACUCUAUCCAGGAUCCUAUCAUAAACAGGCAUCUGGUGUACUGCGUGUGGGAGCUGCUGAUCGAGUUCCUCAUCCCCGAGGCGUCAGACGAGGACUUUCAGAAGACCCUGCUCCACAGCCUGUCCAAAAAUGCAGAGAAACUGCCACCAUAGGAGCUCUGGAAGGCAUCAGCCCCUGCAGGCACAUGCGUUUGCACAAACACACAUCACACACACUUCACUUGUUGUUGAAUACAGAAUACAGUGGUCAGACUGGAAAGGUCUCGAAAGGGUCUGUGGAGGGUUUUAGGGUCUGGCUCUGAUUUAGCUCUCUUACGUUUUUGGGUCUGAAACACACAUGCAUGCAUCCGGCCGAGCUCUGAUUACUGGCCACCUGUUUUGUGUUCUAUCAGCCCGAGCCUGAUCUCCAAAACACCCCCGUGUACCGGAUCCAAAUUAGCGGAUUCUCCGUCGCCUUCGCGAGCUCUUAUCCACCUUCUUCCUGCUCCAGCUUUCAGGCAAACCUUUUACAGAUGGACUUAACACGGCCGCGCUCCGUCCCUGAAAUGCCAUCUCAGACUCGAUAACGCUGGAGCGGACUGGAAAUCGGCUGAGGGUUCUUCCAGCGCUGUUCUCCUAUCUUAUUUCUGGCUUUGUUGCUGGCCUUUCCCAGUCGGCUCUGAGUUUACCGGCCACUUGAUUCCCUUAUCGUGCCCUUUGCUUUCAGGGCCGCCGCACUGUGAAGCACUUGAUUCCAGUCUUGCUUUGAGCCUUCCUCUGCACUCCUCUACUAGCCCUCAGCCUAUUCUAUUCCUGUCUUAUCUCUCUGUCCUGUAUCGACGGAGGAGAAGGAGUAUUCUUUCCAUCCAGACUUUUCCAUCCUGCUUAACUGUGUGUUAAUCAGCUGUUAACACGUGUGGCACGUGUUUCUGGUGUCAUGCUGAGACUGUACGUGCUUUAUGGGCUUUCAGCUAUGUUUCAAAGUCUUUACAACUUAAUCUCUGUGUGUGUGUGUGUGUGUGUGUGUGUGUGUGCACGGCUUGUUAUGUAGAGCUGAGGCACUUUUGUAAUGUUGGCCUUUAACAUCAGCCUUGAAGGAAAGGUUAUAUCCAGGAUGACUCAGAUGGAAAAGCUCACAGAAGAGAGCAAAUUGUCUUAACACAGAUUGUCUUAAUGGUUGAGUUUUAAUUUUAAUGGAUUAAACAUCAUUCUUCACACCAUAUAAGUAUAAUUUUAAAUAUAUCCCAAGUUUAUUUAUAAGUUUAUUAGGAUCAUCUACCUUUAAUAUACAGCUCUGGAUAAAAUUAAGAGAGCACUUCAGUUUCUGAAUCAGUUUCUCUGAUUUUGCUAUUUAUAGGUUUAUGUUUGAGUAAAAGAAACAUUGUUGUUUUAUUCUAUAAACUACGAACAACAUUUCUCUCAGAUUCCAAAUAUUGUCAUUUAUAGCAUUUAUUUGAAAAUUAAUAUUUGGUGGAAUAGCCCUGUUUUUUAAUCACAGUUUUCAUGCAUCUUGUCAUCAUGUUCUCCUCCACCAGUCUUACACACUGCUUUUGGAUAACUUUUGAAUGCCAAAUUCAAGCAGUUGAGUUUGCUUCGAGGGCUUGUGAUCAUCCAUCUUCCUCUUGAUUAAAUUGCAGAGGUUUUCAAUUUGGUAAAAUCAAAGAAACUUAGCAUGUUUAAGUAGUCUCUUAUUUUUUUCCAGAGCUGUAUAUUAUAUAUUCAGUUGUAGUUUUCUCAGAAACACCAUUUGUGAGUUUCAUAUAUUGUUGCACAUCUAUUACUGCCCGGUUGAUUAGUCACAGUCUUAUGUAAUCUAGCCUGUUCAUAGAUAUUAUUUGGAUGGACAUUUGUGUCAUAAUGGCUUUAAGUGGUAUGGAAACAUAAAGGUUAACACAGAAGUGUUAUCAGGUAUUAGGAAUGCACAGUCACAUUGGGUUAAUAACUUUUUUUUUGUCACAUGGUUCAGAUUCAUUUGGGAAAUGUUCACGAUUAUAGUUAGUCUGAAUCAGUUAACAAAUUUGCAAACUUGUGUGUUUUCACCUUGGUUUGGUUUGGAUUGUUUUUACACAUGGAGAAAUGUAAGUGCACCACAAUGCAUCACAACCACUGUCUGAUUUAGCCAAAUUGCAAAAAAGUGCAGGUGUAAAAAAAAAAAAAAAAACAAUUCUCAGUAAAGUAAAGAUCAUACAGAUUAAAUAUUUUAAUGUUUUAACAUAAAUUCUGACAUUUCUGACAUACAUUGCUCAAGCCUGUAUACUAGUGCAUCUCAAAAAAAUUGAAUAUCAUUUAAAAGCUACUUUAUUUCAGUAAUUUAGUUCAAAAUGUAAAACUCCUAUAUUAUAAAAAUGUAUUACACACAGAGUGCUCUACUUUAAGCGUUUGCCUCUUUUAUUGUUGAUGAUGAUUAUGGCUUACAGCUAAUAAAAAAAAAACAAAAAUCAUUAUCUUAAGACCAAUUGGUACUUUUGGCAGUGUGGGCAGUGUGCCAAGUCCUGCUGGAAAAUGAAAUCCACAUCUCUAUAAAAGUUGUCAGUAGCAGAGGGAAGCAUGAAGUGCUGUAAGAUUUUGUGGGAAAACAGAACUGCACUGACUUUAGACUUGAUAAUAAUACACAGUGGAUCAACACCAGCAGAUGUGGAUUUCAUUUUCCAGCAGGAUUUGGCACACUGCCCACAUAUUCUAAUAUUCGGAGACACUGAUUAUUGGGUUUUCAUUGUCUGUAAGCCAUAAUAAUCAUCAACAAUAAAAGAAAUAAACACCUAAAACAGAUCAUUCUGGGUGUAAUACAUCUAUAUAAUAUAUGAGUUUCACAUUUUAGUUUUUAAACUAAAUUACUGAAACAAAUUAACUUUUAAUGAUGAUAUUCAGAUUUUCCAGCAACACACAGGGAUAGAGUAAGUAAUGAUAAUAUAGAAGUAAGUGCACCUGUGAGGAAAAAGUUUUUAACUUGUUCCUAUUAAACUGGCAGGUAUGGUCAAAUUCCAUCAGUUCUUUUGUGUGUGUCUUAACUUAUAAUAAUAAUAUGUAAAUGUAAAUAGUGGAUUAAAUUAUUUAUGUCCUGUUGCCUAUAACUACAAUACUAGAUGUCUUAACUGCCUUACCAUAUAUGUGGAUAUGUGUGUGUGUGUGUGUGUGUGUGUGUGUGUGUGUUAGUGUCUAAACAAGAUUAAACUGUGGCCAUAAAGCUCUAAAAAAAAAAAGCCUAAUUUAUUAAAUGAUGUUCAAUAGAAAUAACUUUCCAGAACUGUCUGUUCUUAUGUACUGGCAUGUUCACCUGCUCUGGUUCAGUGUGUUUCAGUAUUGCUGUUUUUACUAUUGUUUGAAUGCUUUCCCUGCAAAAUUGCUCCUGUAAUUGUAAUGUUCUGCACAGUGUGUAAAGCGCUAGUUGUUGAUCUGUACGGGUUUUAAUGGCAGCACAACCUUAAUGGCGGUUUGCUGUUAAGGGUCAGUUUUAUGUGUAGAUAUAUAUUUCUAUGCCUCGAUCGUUGCACUGUUUGUAAACAUGUUGGAGGAAUUAUUUUGUGAUUUAUGCUGUUGUUAAAAAGUUACUGCCUUGAAAUACAUUGGAGCUGCUGCUUGAA